UCAUGCAUAUUGCACCACGUACUUUUGGUCACUGACAGUAUUUGAAUCCUUUUCGUGGAAUUAAGAAAAAAUGUAACUAUACAAAUGUUGCAUCAAGGGCCCCAACCUGUAAAUAAUACGUUUCCCCUAAAAAAAUAAGAGUAAUGUAGGCGCUUCUUUGUGGAUUAGUGUGGGACGGGAUCUGGGAGGUUUGACAUUUAUAGAACGGUAGCUUAAAUUGACCGUCAUAUUUUACAAUAGUCUUUGUUAAACUCAUCAAACUUAUGAAGUUGCAAAUCACUACAAUAAAAGGAAAGUCGGAAAAAGCGACGCACAUUUGCUGGCGCUCUCUGGCACUUGGCAAGAGGUUCCUUCAAGGCCACGUCCAGAGUGCGGCCAGAAUCGGUAAUCGAGUGCAGUGAUAGGAGACUCCGGUGACAAAAUACUUGAGUGAUAUCUGUUGACCGCAAGAAGUCAGUCCAUUGUCAGAAAAUCUUUUGAAGGUUACACCAAGAUGAAUAUCAAAGACUUCUUAACUGUAGAGAAGAUACUAAUUCUGUCCUACAGAAUUUUAUUGGGGCUUUCAUUGCUGGGAGUGUUCCUUGCACCAUUCAACUUUGGCUAUGGUCCUGUGCGUGAGGCUCCUGUACCAACUGUAAAUAUUUCAAGCAUCAAUUGGACAAGAGAAUUUAUUGACAGCAAGGAAUAUCAAGCUCAUUAUGAUUAUGUGCAAGAAACGGAAAAUUAUGGAACGUACCUACUUGUACCCAGCUUCUAUGUAAUUCUACCCUGUGGUGUAAGCAUGCUGUUUGCUGGGGUCUUCGUUUUGAUCGAUUUACUUUCAAAAGAUAUUGUGGAGACCACUGUAGGCCUGUACAGUUCCUUUGGACUUCUGAGUAUGGUGGCUGGCUUUACAGGAGCAUAUCAACAGAGGUCUGGAUAUCAACCUGAAGGAUUUGAGAAGUUUAUAUUGAGUUACAACUGGAUUACAGCAAUCCAUUCACUUCUGUUGAUAUUACUAAUACUGCAGAUUAUUUUGUCCAUCCGGGAAUUGUGUCAACGAAAUGUACGAUGGCCUACUAUCCAUUUCAGCCACUUUUUCACUAUUGGUAUGGUGGCAAGAGGAGUGUUGUUGAUUUUUGCCACAUAUUUGACCAUAGCCUUCUUCAUUUCUGUGCUUAACGGAUAUCGGUUUGGAGGAUAUGAUGAUCCUGUUUUUCGCUAUCCAAAAUAUUUUUUCAUGCCAUGUGCUGUGGCAUGUCUGUAUGGAUUACUGGUUACAUUUGAAGCUUUUACCUCCCAGAUGUUUGGACACGUUCAUGAUAAAAUGAUGGGCAUCAGUGGCUUGAUAAUGAGUGCUGGUUAUGCCGUUAUUGGUAUUAUCUUUCUUCCACCCAUUACAAGUAAUAUCUUAUUGGAAAAUAGAAGUGAACCUGUUUUUAUUUUCUCUUGGGUAUGCUUUAGUGUCAGCCUGAUUUAUGCAGGUCUUUGCUUGGUUGUUCCAAAGGCACUGAAUACACCCCCAGCCAUUAUAAGGUAUCUUGCAUAUGGAAUGUCACAUAUGAAAUGUUGGGGACACUCCAUGGAAGUAAGAGGAAGUGAAGCUUGUAACUGCAAGAACAUCAAUAUAUUCAGAAGAAUUGCUGCUGUAUGUGAAAAUCUGAAAAGGAGUGAUUCCUUAAGGACAAAUAUGAUACUCAUGAUUCUGUCCUUUUUGUGUAUAGUCCUUAUAUCAGCUGAAUGGACCUAUAAUGCAAGUUGUGUGAUAAUGCUGUUUUCAGACAUAGCAAUCUUUUACCGAGCUUUUCCCGCACUGGUCUCAGAACUAUCUUCCUGUGUUUGCCCAGUUGUUCAACCUCUACAGAUUAUCUGUCUGUAUGUCUUGGAGACCAUGCCACUUUUUGUGGGCCUCAUCUAUAACUACUUCACUUUACACUCUGGUGCAAUUUUAACUGCUAAUAUCUUGAACAUCAUACUCAUCAUUUUCCAGUUGUACAAGGUGCAGACCUAUCCUGAAGUGAAGGCAGAAAUAAGGGCAAUGCUUGAGGCAAAGAAUCCAGAGAGAGGGAAAGUACAAGCUUCAGAUGAUGAACAGCCUCUACAUAAAGUGACUAGCCAAACUGAUGAUGUAGAAGGCAGUGAAGACAGUGUUCCUUCUGAUAAACAGUAAACCUGUUUGAUAUUGCAGUCAUUAUUGCUGCAAUUUGAAAAAUCUUUCUCUUUUUAAAGGAUUUUCGGAUAAAGAUUUAGGCAUUACCAUAUUAUUAUUUUAAUCUUUCAUUUCCUGUACUCAUUAUAUUUACUUGUGAGUUAGUUGUGUUACACAUGCCCAUGAAUCUGUUUUAAAUGUCUGAGUGUUACCACUGUCAGGACCUAGUUUUUAGGAAUUCAAAUUUUGUCCCCCCCCCCCCCUGAAUUUCUACUGAUAAUACUCAGGUGUGUGUGCAUGCGUGCGUGUGUGUUUGUGUUAGGUCAAGUGUGCGAAUGAGUGCAUGCUUGUAUGCCACAUGCAUGGAUUCAUGUGGUCUGGUGGUGUGUGAUGUGGCAUGGUGUCUGCAUGUGUGCAUUUGUGCUUAUGUACAUGUACUUUUGUUGGUUUUGUAGAUGUUUGGUACCAAUCACACUAAGGACUACAAUAACUUAAAUUGGAGAAUUGGUAAAUUAUUUUGAAUGUAUCCUGCAAUUAUUAUUUUUUAAAGUAAUUUAGAUAAGACAUUUUCCAGGAGUUGCACUACUUUUAUCUUGCCAGUUCAGUAGGCAUUGGCAGAAGUUAAUGCUUGUGUGCACCUGGGAACUUGGUGAAAAAUGCUUUAUUUUUGUCUAGAGCAUGAAUGAACACUGUAUAUGCCAUAUACUUAGCAGGUGAAUGUAUAUUCCUAUUCACUGGCUGCAUGGAUUAUUACAAAGUGAAAUAGUAUUGAUAAGGCUUUUGUCAUGGUAUUUGCCGUUAGUCUUUAUAGUGGAAAUUUACGAUACAGAAAUAUAACAAUGUUUUUGUAAUUACACUUUUUAACUCUUUAACCCAAUGGCGACGGGUGUACAAAAGAAAAAAAAACUCUACGCUUAAACAAACAAAGGCGGCGUGCCGACUUAGAGCGCGUGAGUAGGGGACAUCAGCCCGAAUCACUGGCUCGCCGCGCUUUGGUGCGCCGCCGGCUCGUUUGGCUGCACGCCAGCUUUCGAGCUCUUUGUUUACACGCCGAUCGGCGUCACCUGGCACCAAGGGGUUAAAUAUAGCACAAAAUUCCAAAGUUAUUCUAGUCUUCUUAACAACAGACACUGUCUCUGUGUUCAAAAGAUGAAUAUUCAUUAGUUAUUAGCUUACUGUUUAAGAAUUAAUUAAUGAGAUUUAUUGUAUUGCAUUGAAAAUACUAUUUUUUGUUAUAUUCUCUUGCUUUCCAUAUGUAAAACAAUAAGUAUUACAAUAGAAUGCAUAUUUCUUAUAAA